AUGAACAACGACUUCUUCGACAACAACUCUGAGAGCCUCUUCGUCACGCCUCACAAGCGACCUGCAAAGCCCCUCUGCAAAUUUUCGCCGUCGUCAGACAUUGAUUGUCUCCACCACGGAUACCGCACCCAUUUCGAAGAGCAUCCGCGCAUCGAGCACGCGCGCCCUUCUCAACUGACCACCCAAAAGCUCAAGGGAGCCUUCUCCGAAGACGGAUCCCUGCACAAGUCGGUCUCCCAAAUCUCAGAAAAAACUGCGCAGAAAUUUGCUCUCAGGACUAUCCCCAACGAGUUCAAGGAUGUGCCCAAGGCGCAAGACCUGGCGUAG